AAAGAUAUUAAUAAGACUUGUAAGUUCAAACUACAUGUAAUUUUUCGCCUUACAGAUCUUUACUCGGAUUACUUUUAUGCGUUGUGUCACCCUGUUAUGUUGAUGGCUGUGUUAGAUAUUGUUGGGGAACACAUUCCGAAUCUAGAAGCAUUGAACUUAGAAGGCAACAAGUUACAGAAUCUCGAGAGACUUGAGGUGUUGAAUAAGAAGUUCUCGAAAUUGAAGAUUCUUUAUAUUGGUGAUAAUAAGAUCAAAGAUAUUCACCAAUUAAAUGGUAUUAAGGAAUUAAAAUUGGAAGAAUUAAAAUUAUCGGGAAACCCUGUAUGCAACAGGUAUAAGUCUUGCCACAGUGAUUACACAAGUGACGUUCGAAAGAGAUUCCCCAAGUUGCUACGAUUGGAUGGCAUAGAAUUACCGCGUUCAAUUAUUUUUGAUGCUAUCGACAUAACUGCCAGGAUACCUCCAUCGCAAAGAAUGUUUGUUUCGGAUCCUAAAAUUCAAGAGAUAGCGAGCCAGUUUUUGCAACAAUACUUCACGAUAUUUGAUAGCGAUAAUCGUCAACCUUUACUCGAUGCAUACGCCGAAAAUGCAUGCUUAAGCUUGACGAAAAGCAAUUUCCGCAAGUUAAAUGGGUAUUACACGGAGAAUAGAAACAUAUUUAGAACAAUUGAUUCAAAUAGAAGACAUAAGUUAUUGAAACAGGGUAGAUUGCCUGUAGUGUCGUUUAUAUCGGAAAUGCCAAAGACAUGGCAUUUAUUGAAUACCUUUACCAUGGACAUCACUCUUGCAACACAAGCAAUGAUGUUCAUUACUAUAACGGGUUACUUUCAAGAACUUGAUAAAGACGAGCCCAUUCGUUACUUCAACCGCACCUUCAUAAUUGUUCCGGAAGGUGAGGGAUACUGUAUUCGAAAUGAGCAGUUGCACAUUAGUCAGCCGUCUGAGGCGCAAUUGAAGCAACUGCAUCAGCAACUGAAUCAGCUCAGAAGUCAACCGCAGACGGUGCCGUUGGAAACUUCAGAAGUAGUGAAACCGAUGACAACAGAACUUAGCGACGAAAUAAAACAGCAAAUGACGGUGACGUUAAGUCAGCAGACAAAUAUGAAUCUGGAAUGGAGCUUAAAGUGCUUACAAGAGACUCAGUGGAAUUAUGUUAAUGCACUCUCUGCUUUUCACGAGUUCUAUAUACAUGGGCAGAUACCGUCAGAAGCGUUUACGAAGUAAAGGCUCCUACACAAUGCCCAGACAGCACGAAUCCACACAGAUAUGUAUCAGAAGCCUAACCGUUAGCUUUCAAAAAGAAAUUGACACUAUUACAGAUAUGUGUCGGUUGUCGAUCUGAUAUGUAUCAGAUACUUAACAAAUUGCUAUCGAUGGCCGUUUUACCUUGAUUUCAGAAUGGUAACAAAUACGUACCACUGUAACGUAAAAGAAAGGUAAAUGAAACUUAACAGAUGUAUAUUUGGUAGGUAACUGAAAUACUGCUGUUUGAUAUCAAAUACCUAAAUGAAACGUACGUGUGUAU